UUCGUUCGUUAAUUCUGGAUCGACUCACUCAACAGAUAGGAGUGGAAAAAAACGACGUUAUGAUGGAAGAAUUACUUAAUAUUUGUUGUUCAACGAUCGACGCUGGAGCAAGCAGUUUCAGAGAUAUUGGCCAAGAAAUAUGGAGGAAUCCAGAAUUAGGUUUGGAAGAGUUUCAUGCCCACAAGAUUCUGUGUAACUUCUUUCGCGAGAGAGGAUUCACGGUAGACGAAUUCCUUGGCCCCACAGGAUUUCGAGCUUCGUACGGAAGUAUGGACAAGGGUGAUGGGGCCUCUAGCCCGUCAGGGGUUCACGUGUGUCUGAUGGCUGAAUACGAUGCGCUUCCAGAGCUUGGUCAUGCUACAGCUCAUAAUUUAGUUUCAGAGGCUUGUGUCGCUACAGCUAUGGGCCUAAAAGCAGCUAUUGACAAGAAAGGAACUUUGGGAAAGGUGACUGUUCUCGGAGCCCCGGACUCGGAAGGCAACGGGAAGAAGAUGGAGGCGAUCAAGGAUGGCUUUUUCAAGGAUGUUGACCUUGCUGUGACCUUCAUCCCAUUUACCUGCCAUGUCGCCAAGCCUGUCAUGCUGACCAUCAUGAGGGAAACUAUCAGCUUCAAGGGCAAGGCAGCUCAUGCUUCCACCUGUCCCUGGGAUGGAAGGAAUGCCCUGGAUGCAGCCAUCUUGUGCUAUAAUAACAUCUCAUUACUGAGACAACAGCUCAAGCCAUACAUGCAGAUUCAUUGCAUCAUCACCAAGGGAGGAUUAAAACCCAACAUCAUCCCAGAGCAAACCGAGAUGAAGUUCUACCUGCGUGCUCCUGACCACAUCGAAAUGGCCCACCUACAGCAGCGAGCUGAUGCAGCAUUCAAAGCAGCUGCCAGAGCCACUGGAUGUGAGCUAGAAAUAGCCUUUACCCCGACACCCUACUCCAACCUAUGCAACAGCUCCAAGCUAGCUGCUCUGUAUCAAGAAGAAGCCGAAGGACUAGGCUGCACAUUCAGUACCAACGAGGAGACCAGUUCGAGACUAGUCGGGUCGUCAGACUCGGGCAACGUGUCACAUGUGGUACCGACCAUCGCACCGGCUUACGACAUUGCGAUUGCUGCCAGUGCCACCAACACCCAGUCCUUUGCAGAGCUGGCAGGGACGGAGGAAGCACACAAUCAGACCAUGGUGGCCUCGAAGGCAAUGUGUAAGGCGUUGCUGAAAGCAAUGUUAGAUCCGGCUAUCUUGGCGGGUAUAAAGAGUGACUUUGAGAAGGACUCUUGUGCUGCUUCUUUGACAGAAUGGUCUUGAGAUUGAUUGCUAUUUGAGGCGGGUACUAAAUUCUUGUCAUGCUUGAAGAUGCAGCGUGCUUGGCCCUAAUUAUUGACCAUUCUCAAACGAUUAUUUGAAUGAUGCCAUUGUGAGCUGAAUUGCAUGAAAUAUUUUUCUAUGUAUUCUAUCCUCCAACUUUUGUUUUUUCUGUGUGUCCUUUAUUUUCUUUAUUCUUCCCUCAGUUCUAUCUCUUUAAUCCUGUUGACUUAAACUAUUGCCUUCCUAUAUUCUCUUUAUUUCUGAGAAUGAAACUAAAACCCUACAUAUUUUACACUGUCUAUCAGAUAAGGUGACCCCCCCCAACUCCUUUAUCAAGCCCACCUGAAUGCACCAUGAAAACAAUGUUUCUGGCGGUUGGUAAUUUGGGCCCAGCUCACUGCAGUAAAAGUUUCAUUUGUAAACUCAGUUUGUGAUAUUGGUUGCAGUUCAUUAUUACCAGGGCUCAGUGCUGCCAAGUCUUAGAAAACAAUACUUUGUUCGAGGGGGUUCUUCACAAAAAGUUACUCAUGAUCUAGCCUCUUGUCGAGGCCCUGACGGCUGCUUCCCGAGCGUAGCGAGGGGGGAUAUAAGCGAAUUAGGCCUGGCGAGCGCAGCGAGCCAGGGCCUCUUGACAUCUGAGCUGAAUUAUAUAAUUCAUGAGGAACGUCUGUCUAUUGAAUAUACAUGAGCUCAAUGAAAUAUUUAAUGGUCACCUAGUAAAUUGACCAAUGAAAUGUCAAAGCUGUUUCGUCAGGGGAUUGGAGUAGUCCACUAUUUUGCAGGGGUUUAUUUAAUUGCGGGAUAUAACCAGCAAAAUGCUACAAGUAGUGGUACUACAUAUCACCGCACCCAAACUUCCCACCGAGACUUCCCGGGAGAUCGGCCUGGUCCACGGGACGGGUAGCACUAACUGAACAACUCGACUCCAGCAUUCCCUCACCGCGAAUAUAAUCGACGCAAAGACAAAGUGGAAUCGCAUGAAAUAUUACAUUUUUUCCAUAUCCUGUGGGUAGAUUUACAUACGCAUCUUGUCCUUUCAGUGCAGAUUUAAUUGCAUCAACUUGCAAAUCCUUAUAUCGGUCAAUAUUCAGCAUUUAGAGGCAUAAUCAAUGCUCUUUGAUAUUUCGUUGUCACUCUUCGCCAAGAACCCAUGGGUCGCCAUUUAGGAUAAGUCAUGAAUAUUCAAUAUGACGUCAUAGCAGCCCGCGCUCUCAUUGGAUGAUUUUCACCGACCAAUUUUUGGUUGGAAUAUUGGUAAAAACAAUAAAAAACAAAGGAAAGUCGGUGAAAUUCGGCUCAGAUCAGCCCUCAGUGAACUCUUCAUGAAACUACCCCUGCCCAGUUAGUAUAUCAUUUUAAAGCAUUGUUCUCUGAAAAUCAUGCAGGUACUAUGUGAAAUCCAUGUAUGAAUGAUUUUGCAAGUAGACUGCUUGUGUUGACAUUGAGGUUUGGGGCCUAACCAAGAAAUGCCUGACAUGAUUAACCCUAUUCUGCUAAAUAUGCUAAAUAGAAAGUAAAAUUCAGAAAAGCAUUUGUUUUGUUUGAUGGAUUCUGCAUAGACUUCCUCCUCAUUAGCAGCAGAAUUGAUAUUAUUUAAGUUCAUCUGAUUCAUUAGGAGCCAUUUUCACAUACUUAGGGGGAGUAAUUAAACAAGAAGUCUUCAAAUCUUUGUAGGCAUUUAAAAUAUUUUGUAACAUCAAUCAUUGUCAUGCAUUGAGCCCUGUGGAAAUAUCUUGAUUCAUUAUGCAUCAUGCACAAAUCAGAAAUAUUCUGGAUACAUAUGUUGUCAAAGACUUAUGGAUUGUUUAUUACAUGCAUAUAUUUUACAUUAGUGUCAGCACUCAAUAAUGUCUAUUUUCAAAUGUAAAAUAUAUAACAAGCUGUAAAAAUUGUUUAGGGUGAGAAGAUACUGGUAAUAGAGAGUUUGUGUGAUCGAUUCUAUGCAGCUGGUCUUGGGAUGAUUUAUUAAAUUAACACAAAUUUGUGAAAGUUCUAGCUUUAGUAAUUCAAAGGUUAUAUAACAUUGACAUAUUUAGUCAGCUAUCAUUUG